AUGAUCUCAAGACAGGCUGCUCUGCUCCGGAGAGCCCAGGCUCAGGCCGCUGCGUGCGCAUCGUCGGCCUCGUCGCUCCCCUCGACGUCGGCCGCGGCCACAGCGGCGGGCCCAUCCCAUCUCGGCUCCCCGCUCCUGCACCUCCGAUCAGCGCGCACAACACCCUCGCUCAGAUUACAGCAGCAGCAACAACAACAUCAGCGGUCCUCCUUUAGCUCAAAGGCGCCCUCCAGGCAGGCCUACCCGGCCGGCCCCGAGUCAUCGUCCACCUCCUCCUCUGCCGCUUCCUCAUCCGCACCUCACGACGGGCAACCGCCGCAUCCGCACGCCUGGAAGGACAGGCGCACCCACUUUAUGCCAUAUGCCUACGGCAGCGGCAGCCCCCUGACGAGGCUGCCCACCCCGCUGCCGCCAGACGUCGCCGAGCGCCAGGCCGAGAUGCGCAAGCUGCGCAGCAGGCUCGUCCCCAAGUCCGAGGACCCGCUCUCGGGCCUCUCGUUUGGCGACCUGUCGGGCCUGACGAUGAGCAACACCGACGAGAGCUUCUACCCGGCCUCCAAAUCGGUCGAGUUUGUCGGCAUCCUCAAGGCAUGCCUCGGCACCGGCCUCAUCAGCCGCGCCCACAAGCUCUUCUCCGACCUCCGCAACCAGGCCCAGACGCGCACGCGCGAGGCGUGGGAGUACCACACGCGUGGCGAGGGGGCCGACGACGCCGGCAGCCGCGGGCGGACCGCCAUCGACUCUGCCUCGGUGUCGCACUACGAGUCGCCGCUCGAGAUCUGGACGUACAACGCGAUGCUGCAGGCCUACCUGCGCAAGGCCUACACGGCCGAAUCGCUCGAGGGUACGAGCGAGUGGUUGUCGCGCGCCUGGGACCUGUGGCGCGACAUGGAGCUGGGCGGCGAGCCGCUGUCGGUCGGAGGUCCUCCCUCGGCCGACCUCAAGCCCAACGCGGCGACCAUCGCCACCAUGGCGCGCGGCAUCGUCGGCCUCCAGAGGAGCGGGCGGUACCCGUCGUCGGCGCCCUCGGUCGAGACGCUGAUCAGCGCCGCCAAGCGAUCCGGCAUCUCGUUCCACCCGAUCCUCACCUCGACGAUUUUCCACUCGACGGACGCCGCAGCCGUCGGGCAGACGGACGCCGCCGCCGCCGAGCAGCCGGACGACAAGCCGCGCGAGGGUGAGCCGGACGCCAUGACCGUUCUGCGGGUGCUCAGCACGACGGCCUCCGAGAUCGGCGACGCCGGCGUCGUCCACGAGCUGCAGUCGGUGCAGAGCGUGCUCGAGGGCCAGAGCGCCGCGAGCGAGGCGGCGACGAGCGCAUCGCAGAAGGUCAACCCGCUCGAGGGCGUGCCGGAGCUGAUGCCGGUCAAGACGACGUCCAAGGCGAGCAAGUCGGGCAAGGAGCCCGUCGCCCCCGAGGGCGAGAUGCCGUUCAACCUGUCGUCGCUGCGCGAGAACCUGUCGAUCGUGCAGGAGGCCCGCAUGACGAUCAGCGACCCGUACGAGCGGCAAAAGUGGCUCGAGCACAGCGCGCUCGACGCGGCGCGCAAGCGGCUCGAGCACUCGGUCGAAAAGAUGGAGGAGCUGGGCCUCCAGACGACGGGCGCGCUGCAGUCCAAGAAGCUGCAGACCUGGAUGUGGGAGUGGUACAACAAGCUGCAGGCGGCGCUCAAGGCCGACAUUGACCGGAUCCACGAGGCCGACGAGGGCCCCGUCCGGCGCUCGUUGCCGUCGAUGGAGCUGCAGAUCCUGCCCUUCCUGCGGCUGCUGCCGACGUCGAAGCUGGCGCUCAUCACCAUCCUCGAGCUGAUGCGCAUGUCGGGCAACGGCGGCGUCGCCGACGGCAUGAAGACGACGCGCGCCCUGCUCGCCGUCGGCCGCGCCGUCGAGCUCGAGUACCACGCCGACGUGGUGCGCAAGAACCCGCAGAUCUUCCAAAACGCCCACGCCGCCCAGACGGUGCUCAAGAAGCGCGGCCUGAUUGACCUGGCGGCGCGGCGCGAGAUCAAGGCGUGGCAGGAGCAGAUGGAGGAGGACGGCGUCAUGUCGCAGAUCCCCAAGUGGACGCAGAUCAUGCGGGCGCGCGUCGGCAGCUACUUGGUGCAGCACCUGCUCCAGGUGGCCACCGUCCACCGCAAGGCGACGGACCGCGACGGCGUCGUGUGGGAGGAGGAUCAGCCGGCCUUCUACUCGGCCUACCAGUACCUCGGCGGCAAGAAGCUCGGCGUCAUCAAGCUCAACGACGCCAUCGCCAAGCGGCUGGACAAGGACUCGUUCCAGGAGACGCUCCACCCGCGCCACCUGCCCAUGCUGGUGCCGCCCAAGCCCUGGACGACGCACGACUCGGGCGGAUACUACUCGGUGCGCCAGAGCGCCAUGCGCUUCAAGGACAGCGCCGAGCAGGGCUCCUACCUUCGCGCCGCGUCGGAAAACGGCAGCCUCGACACGGUGCUGGCCGCGCUCGACGUACUCGGUCAGACGUCGUGGAAGAUCAACCGCCCCAUCUUUGACGUCAUGACCGAGGUGUGGAACUCGGGCAAGGACAUCGCCGACAUGCCGCCCGUCGCCAUGGAGACGCCCGAGCCGGACAAGCCGUACAACUACGACCAGGACAUCAAGGCGCGCAGCGUCUACCUGCAGCGCCUCAAGCAGUGGAACGCCCAGCGCGCGUCCAACCACUCGCAGCGCUGCGACGUCAACUACAAGCUCGAGAUCGCCCGCGCCUUCCUCGGCGAAAAGUUCUACUUCCCGCACAACAUGGACUUCCGCGGCCGCGCCUACCCGAUGCCGCCCCACCUCAACCACAUCGGCAACGACCUCUGCCGCGGCCUGCUCAAGUUUGCCGACGCCAAGCCGCUGGGCGAGGCGGGCCUGCGCUGGCUGCGCAUCCACCUGGCCAACGUCUACGGCUACGACAAGGCCAGCUUUGCCGAGCGUGAGCAGUUUGCCGUCGACCACGAGGCCGACCUGCGCGACAGCGCCACCAACCCGCUCAACGGCCGCGGCUGGUGGCUCCAGGCCGACGACCCGUGGCAGUGCCUCGCCACGUGCAUGGAGCUCCAGGCGGCCCUCGACCACCCCGAGGGCCCGCACGCGUUCGAGUCGGGCCUGCCCGUCCACCAGGACGGCACGUGCAACGGCCUUCAGCACUACGCCGCCCUCGGCGGCGACCUGCAGGGCGCCAAGCAGGUCAACCUCUCGGGCGGCGACCGCCCCGCCGACGUCUACACGGGCGUCGCCGAGCUCGUCAUCAAGGUGCUCGACGACGACGCCGCCAAGGGCGAGCGGCUGGCGCAGCUGCUCCAGGGCAAGGUGACGCGCAAGGUCGUCAAGCAGACGGUCAUGACGACCGUCUACGGCGUCACGUUCGUCGGCGCCAAGAACCAGGUGAUGCGCCAGCUGGCCGACCGCGGCGACGUGCCCGCCGAGGACCUGUUUGCCGCCGCCAGCUACAUGGCCAAGGUCAUCAUGAGCUGCAUCGGCGACCUCUUCCAGGGCGCCCAGAAGAUCCAGGACUGGUUGUCGGCGUCGGCCAAGAUGAUUGCCAAGUCGAUCCCCGCCCAGCGCGUCGAGGAGGCGGUGCGCCCCUACCAGCCGCUCCAGUCGACGUCGGCGCGCGCCGCCGCCAAGGGCUACAGCCGCGACCCGGCGCGCGCCGACCGCAUCGUCAAGGAGCAGAUGACGUCGGUCAUCUGGACGACGGCGCUCGGCCUGCCCGUCGUGCAGCCGUACCGCAAGGUCAAGAAGCGCCAGGUGACGACGGCGAUGCAGACCGUCUUUAUCCACGACCCGCUGUCCAACUCGGAGGUGUCGCCGGGCAAGCAGGCGAGCGCGUUCCCGCCCAACUUUAUCCACUCGCUCGACGCCACGCACAUGAUCCUGACGGCGCUCGAGUGCCACGCGGCCGGGCUGACCUUCGCCUCGGUGCACGACAGCUACUGGACCCACGCGUGCGACAUCGACACGAUGAGCGAGAUGAUCCGCGAGACGUUUAUCCGCCUCCACACCCAGGACAUCCUGCCGCGGCUGCGCGACGAGUUCCUCGAGCGCUACGCCGGCUACAAGGUGCCCGUCGUGUCGCUCAACUCGACGCAGGCGUCGCGCAAGAGCCGCGCGGCCAAGCGGCGGGCGAGCGAGACCGAACCCGAGACGGUGCUGGUGCUGCCCGACGACGAGUACGUCGACCGCUCGCCGAGCAGCGGCCGCAGCAGCCGCGGCGUCGAUGACGACGAGGGCGACGACCACCUCGAUUCCGAGGGCGAGGGCGAGGCCGACGUCGAGGGCAUCGCCGACGAGGCGGGCCUGCUGGGCUCGGCGCCCGAGGACGCCGACUUUGCCGAGAGCAUGAGCGUCGACGAGGGCGACGUCUCUGCCACGGGCUCCGCUACCUCCGGCGGCGACGACGAGGGGGCGGCGACGACGACGACCAAGGGCGCCAAGGGUUCGAAGGCCAAGGGCAAGGGCGCGGUGGGCCGUCCCAAGAAGGCGGCCGGCGCCGCUACGACGACGUGGGAGGAGCGGUUCAAGGCCAAGUUUGUCGACCUCGAAGACAUCCUGCCGCCGCUGCCCGAAAAGGGCAACUUUGACGUCAACGAGAUCCAGAAGUCGCUCUACUUUUUCUCGUAG